AGAUGACGAUCGAACGAAUUGUGGAGCAAAGUCCGUGUGGUUUCGUUGCUGCUGGAACAGAUGAAGAUAUGAGGAGUUCGCACUUGAAGAGGCAGGAAAAAAGCGAUGCCCACGUCGACGAAGAUAGAAGCAAAAAGAGCCCAUGUUUGGACAAACAUGUUCUGCUGUUUCCACCUGCCUCUGAAUCAACCAGCGCUAUAGGGGCAUGGGAGCAUUUUAAAGUGGGUCUAUUUCAUGAAAUUGAUCACACCAGGCUCUCACCAAUAUCCCCAGUGCAACUAAAAUCUGUUCGCAUUGUAAUGGUCACUGACAUAGGGGAGCAGCUGGUGUCGCUAAGGUACCCAAGCCUCCAAUCACUUCGCAUGCACUUCAGCGACCAAAACUUUGGGAAACAAGACGGGAAGACGAUCCCUGCGCUCGACGAGAAAUACGUGAUGGGGAUGGACUUCGCCAUCAAAGCGCUUUCCAGGGGCAUCCCAACUGAGGAAUUUGCACAAAGAAGAAACUCAUGGAGCUUCUGGGUCUCUCCUUCUAAAGAAAACACCCAAGACCCCGAGAAUCCAGCUCUCACUGAUGCCGCAAGGAGCCUCAUUUCCAAGCAGGGUUCUUGCUGGACUCAGCUCAAGUUCACAGGGAUGAUGCAGUGGGGAAAACGCCGGCAAGUUCGGUUCUUGGGCCGCCAUGAAGAGGCAAAGGUUCAAUCUUUACCGGAACCGCGUAAGGGAAAGAUGGCCAGCGUUGAACUCAGAGAAGGAACUAGUGAGAAGAAAAGGAAGAAAGGCGAAGAGGAAAUGGAGGCUACCAAGGAAGAGUCUUUCGGGGAUAUGAGGAUGACGCGUCAAUGUAGGCAAAGUCAUCAAAACGUGAGUAGCAGUGGAGAUAAAAAAUCUAAGAAAGCAAAGAAUGACCCCAAGAAGCAACAACUCGUGCUUUACAACAAAAACAAGCGCAAAAUCUCUAUUGGAAGAUGGUCCGCUGAGAGGUAUAUGAUGGCAGAGGAGAACAUGUUAAAGGUUAUGAAAGAAAAAAGAGCUGUGUAUGGGAACCCAAUAUUGAGGCCAGAUUUGAGAUCAGAAGCACGAAAGUAUAUUGGUGAUACGGGUCUGCUCGAUCAUUUGCUGAAGCACAUGGCUGGAAAAGUGGCACCAGGAGGAGCUGAGAGAUUCCGAAGGCGUCACAAUGCUGAGGGCGCAAUGGAAUACUGGUUAGAGAGCGCUGAUCUUGUUGAAAUGAGGAAGGAAGCAGGGGUACAAGACCCUUAUUGGACUCCUUCCCCAGGAUGGAAGCUAGGGGACAGCAUUUCACAAGAUUACGUAACUGGUAGUGAACUAAGAGAGAUCAAAGAAGAAAUACUCAAGUUGAAACAAGAUAUGCGAGAGCAAGCAAUGAAGAAGGGAGAGGAGGUAUUGGCCAUUGAGACUACUCCUAGCUCAUGUUUGUCUAGUCUGAACUCGGAAGACUAUGGUUCCUUCGCUCCAAAGGAGGAGAUUUAUGCGGAGUUGGUGAGUAAGAAGGCCAAAAUAGAGGAACAAUUGAAGGAAAUUUCAGUGACUCUGAGUUGUAUGGAGGAGAAACUUAGAAUGCUAAAACCAACAAUGGAGGAACAAAUAAUGUCAGAAUCGGAAACACCCCAGGCCUUUUCUCCAGGACCAACAUCAGUAAACAUAGGAGGAGGGGAGACAAGGAAGGAAAAGAAAAGCUACAAGAACAAGGCAACAAACUCAGCGGAUACAGAGAUGCAGAAAAACAACAGUGCAGCAGAGAACAAGACGGCAAGGAUUGAAAGGCUGAAAAGUGGCUUUCAAAUUUGCAAGCCUCAAGGAACAUUUGUGUGGCCAAAUAUAGGUUUGUCUCCCCAUGUUGUGGCUAACCAUGAUGAGCAAACAGUGGUCCCUACGCCACCAUCAGCUUCCUCUUCUACCAGCUCAGCCCCGAAGCUCAUUUUCAAACCCCAGCCUCAGCACCUACCAUUACAAGUCCUAACCCGUCCUUCUUCCCCAGUGAAGCCACUUGCAGAGAGGCGCCCUGUAAGCACAGCUACUUUGACCCAUGUUACUGGCCCAUUCUCCCCUCCAUCAGGUACUCCAUUAUCCAUCACUAUUAACCUCAAUGAGGCCCCUCUCACCCUAGACUAG